UGUACACCGGAAGUUUAGACGGUUGCUCCGGGUGAACGAAGUAAAGAUUGACAGCGUCACCUAACGCCAAAAUUAUUCCUCACCCCCUGACUGUACCCUGUUAGUUCCCCCCUCUACUCAUCCAUGGCGUUUAGCGCUAGUAUUGAUGUUGAGGGUGCAACACAGCAUCUCCGGGAUAUCCUGAAGCUCGACCGUCCUGGUAACAGUACUGAUGCAGAAUCAGGUGAUGGGCAAAGAAGGUUGUCCUUUAAUGGAGAACUGAACGGGCUAUUGGGAGCAGCAGGUCUUCUCGGAGGCGGCGAUUUAACAUCAGACACGACCAGACCUCUCUCUGCAGUGAACAGUAUUGCUCAGGAUAUUCAGAUAAUUCGCCUUUCUGGUGAUGAUCAGUCUACCUGUAUCCCCAUCACCUCGGACAAUGUGGAGAUUGUGGCGAGUCAGGAAUCAAGCAUCAAUAGCAAGGCUCGAGGCAGCAACAUGGUGAAGAUUCAGCCUGUUGCCAAAUAUGACUGGGAGCACAAGUAUCAUUAUGGCAGACUUAUUGCUGUGUCAAAUUCCUUCAUGGCAUAUGCAAUUAGAGGAGCCAACAACCAGGCUAUGAUACGCGUCUUGAGUGUCGGCACUGCAGAGCGUUGCUUACUGAAAGGCUUCACUGGUGCCGUCACAGAUCUGGCUUUCGCCCACCUUGACUCGCCUCUGUUGGGUUGUGUAGAUGAAGCUGGCAACCUAAUGGUUUGGGAGCUCACAUGUACCAGCAGUACAAUACUAGAUCAGAUAGUUGUUCAUGUCCGAAGGCCACAGGACUCGCCACUGAACUCACAUCGGCGUCUCAUCUGGUGCCCUUUUAUUCCAGAUGAAAAUGAAGACAACCAAGAUGACAAUAGCCAGACCUUGGCUCUUCUACAUGAAGAUAGGGCUGAAGUGUGGGACCUUGAAAUUUUGAGGGCCAACAAUGCUAUUUGGCCUAUUUAUGCCACAGAUUUGAAAGAAGGCCUCAUUACAGUGAAAGGAUAUACCCAGCGUGUCAGUGAAGGUGCCCUAUCUCCAGAUGGAACAGUGUUAGCCACAGCCAGCCACGAUGGAUACAUCAAGUUCUGGCAGAUAUAUAUAGAAGGGGGGCAGGACAAGCCAAGAUGUCUGCAUGAACUUCGUCCACAUGGUGGACAUCCCCUUUCCUGCCUUCUCUUCUGUGACAACCACAAAAGGCAGGACCCUGACGUUCCAUUCUGGAGGUUUCUUAUAACUGGAGCCGAUCAGAACCAAGAAUUAAAGAUGUGGUGUACUGUUUCCUGGACUUGUUUACAGACCAUCAGAUUCUCUCCAGAUCCAGUGAAUCUGACAGUUCUGCCUAGUCUUAAAGCAAGUUUGGACCUGUCUGCUGGGUAUCUCAUCCUUUCCGACGUACAGAGGAAGGUUCUUUAUGUGAUGGAGCUGAGACAAGAUCUGGAAAAAGGCAAGGCAUCUUUCACUGCUGUGUCAGAGUUUCUACUCACCCAUCCUGUGCUUAGCUUUGGAGUUCAAGAUGUUGCCCAAAGCCGUUUGCGACACACUGAAGUUCUUCCUGCAGAGGAGGAGAGUGAGAGCACAACAACAGAGGGCGCUCAAGGGCCCACAGAGUCCAAAUCUGGCAUCCAGAUUAAACUGUACUGUGUUCACACCAAGAGUCUGCAGGAUGUUCAAAUCUGGUUCCAGCCUAAUGCGGGCUCCAACUCUCCAGGCAUGCUCCAUUCUGAUCCUCCAGAUGGUUUUGGGUUCUCAGCCCAUCUGACAGACCAGAGUUCUGACAAGGACUCAGGGAGUGGCUCCCAGACCGACCUGAGCAACAUAGCAUCACUUCCUGCACCUACUGACUUCCUGUCAAAUACUGCAAAUGGCAAUGGGCAAAUGCCAAAAUUGAUGACUCCUGAUGCCUUCAUGACACUAAGCACUUCGGUGCCUGCAUCUCCUGGCAGUAGUGCCAGUAGUCUGACAAUUGUGACAGCAAUCGGCGACUCGGCCAAUAGAACUUCUGAUGACAUUAGUCAGAGUCCUAGCCGGGCAGAUAACAGUUUGUCACUUCCGGUUUCCAGUAGCAGUCCAAGACCUGCUUCCACUGUCCUGCCUGGACUGGAGACCAUACAGACAGUGGCAUCCCCUAGCACUCCAGUUGUGCUGGACAGCCCUCAGGUUCUUGAUUCUCAACUCAUGCCACCACUUGCCUCCCCAACUAGGGCCCGCUCCCCUGAUGUUAUCUCCUCAGCCUCCACAGUCAUGUCCCAGGACAUUCCAGAGAUUGCAUCCCAGACCCUGCAGCUUCAGCGUGGUCUUGUGUCCACCUUGGACUCUUUACCUCUGUCUGCUCUUCAAGCUGAUAGUAUGGCCUCUGCUGCUUCUGCCCUUCACUUGCUUACUUCACCACGCUCAGCUAACAGCAACAGCCUGUUGCCCCUUGAGCUUGGAUGUGUAGAUGGUCCUGUUGGAGGGUCUUUAGAGUUGGAGCCCAGACUUAGCCAAACGCCAUCUCUCCUGGAGAAUGCUUUAUCUCAGGAUAACCCUGUUUUAGCAGGAGGUUCUACAGAGAACACCAUAAGCCACACCUCUUGGCCAGCUGCUCCCGACAUCACCAGGGAAACCAGGAAUCGAGAAAAUAGUCUUGGAGACUGCUCAAGAGAUGAUUCAAACGACAGACUCCUGAGUUCACCCUACGCAUGUCGGUCAUAUUGCCUCUCACAGAAUGACAGCCAGGAUCCUGGUGCUGAGCAGAGUCCCUCAUUAUUUGGAUUUAGUGACCCUGAGGAUGAGGUUGCGGGUUCGGCAUCAUCUUCUGCAAAUUGUGGCACACGUUCCUCUCACAGAAUACCAGUUAAAGACUGGAAAACCUCACCCAGAGCCUCACCAAAGCUGAAGAGAAAGACCAAAAAAGAUGAGAGAGAAUCACCUCAGUCGAGACAUUUGGACUCCGGUCAGAUGAAUACAGAUGUGCAGCAAGAGUUGUUGAUGUUUCUCCGAGGCCAACAGAGAGAGUUAACUGAACUACGUGGACAAAUUGAAGCCAUGCAAAGCUCUAUUAUGGCCCAAGUAGAACGUGCAUUGACUAACCAUCAGGAACAAGAACGGUGCAGACUAGAGCGGGUUCUGGGAGAGAGUCUGAAUCAGCAGCAUCAUCAGAAACAACUCAGCCAGCAGCUGAGCCAGACCCUUUGCAAUUCCCUAACUAACAAGAUGGACAAAAUCCUUCGAGAGGAGAUGAAGAAAACUGUUCCGCCAACCAUUUCGAAGAGUCUGGAGCCAGUGACAUCUCAACUGAGCAACACUAUUUCUUCUAAACUGACCUCUGUCGAGGUUACCCUGAAGGACAACGUCAGUAAGGUUGUCAAAUCCAAGAACACCACAGAUGCAAUUGGCCGAGCCGCAGCAGAAGCAAUGCAAGGUCCUAUUCAGGCUGCCUACAAAGAUGCCUUCCAGAGCAUUGUGCUGCCUGUUUUUGAGAGAGGCUGUCAGACCAUGUUUCAGCAAAUUAAUGAAAGUUUCAAGCAAGGAACACAAGAAUAUAUACAGCAGCUUGAGGCCCAUGCAAAAGGCAAAAAGCAGAGAGAGCAGGAAACGCGAGACCCCAUGAUUGACCAACUGCAACAUAUGUUGGACGGCUUCCAAAGCUCCACCGAUCAACUGGCCAAUAGCAUCACAGCGAACAUCCGGGCUGAGAUCCAACAUCAAAUCCAGAUGAUGGUGGGGAAUAUGCAGGAGUCAAUUCUUAGUCAUGUACAGCGUAUUGUCAAAGGUGAGGUGAGCCUGGCAAUGAAGGAGCAGCAGGCAGUGGUCACCUCCAGCAUUAUGCAGGCAAUGAGAUCUGCAGCAGGGACUCCCGUCCCAACCGCACAUCUAGACUAUCAGACACAGCAAUCUAACAUCCUGCACCUCCUUCAGCAAGGACAACUCAACCAGGCUUUCCAGCAGGCUCUGUCAGCAACAGAUCUGAACUUGGUCUUGUACGUGUGCGAGACUAUCGACUCUCAGCAGGUGUUUGGACAACAGCCGUGUCCGCUCAGCCAGCCUGUGCUGCUGUCACUCAUACAGCAGCUCUCAUCCAACCUCAACACCCGCUCUGAGCUAAAAAUCAGCUAUUUGGAGGACGCAUUGAUGAAUCUGGACCACGGUGAUCCUCGAACAAGAGACCACAUGGCCUCCGUGCUGACCCAGGUCAGACCGAAGUUCUUCGCAUUCAUGCAGCAGGAUCCCCACAGCCCUCUUACCAAGAGAGCUCGGCGUCUCAUGCUGAUACUCCAAGGACUUGUCAACCACUAGUUUCGUUCAAUUCUCACUCGGAAGAAAUGGUUUUUGAACAAAUGAUGUUGAGUCGGUUUUUGGAUGUCUUCACAACUGUAGAAGAGAACAUGACCCUUUCUAGAAUUCAAUGACAACUUCAGUCCAGUGAGUUUUUAUUUUAGGGUGAGAAGACAGUUAAUGGUGUUAGCGCUGCACCUGGGAAGCUGAAAACAGUGGAACGUAGGCACUAUAGCAGCAGAUGAACACGGAGGUACGACUGGCUGGGGCUGAGGAGAAUAAUAGGCUUUUGCUGUUUUUCCUCCUUUUCUUCCUUCAUCCCUCGUAGAAGCCAUGUGUCAAAUGUAGAAACAAAUUCGCUUUCUUUCCAACUAGUGCAGUUCUUAGGCUCACAUGAAAGAUUGUUGUCAACUUUGACUCACAUCAAUUUUUUUUUUUUUUUUUUUUUUAGUUUACCAGAUCAGAGUGUUUUGCAACUCCUUUGUGCAAGCGUGCAUAAGACUUAAAGAAUGUCCAUCUCAGUGGCCGAUGUUGCCAAACCAUUGAGUUUUUGUCAAUGACAUUUGUCCUCCAGCAAAACAGUCUCUGGAAAAGUUCAGGAUUUGACAUCCUUUGUGUAUUUUUGUUGUUUGUUUUUUUGGGGCGUUGGGGGGGGGGGGGGUUGGACUAAGCUCAUGUCAAGCAGCUGUUUGUAACGUCCAAAGGCUAAACACGACUUGGACAUUUUGCCCUUGGAUGGGCUGAAUCGAGCCAGUUUGCUUUCUGUAAGAUUUUGCUUUUAUCCUCUUUUGGAAGUAAUAUUGAAAACCAUAAUGCUUUAUCAUAACUGGCCUUUCCCCACAAACCCUUCUGCUGAGGUUCCCUGCAGGAUGCAAGGAAAAUAAACAGACAUUUAAGCAGUAACUACAAUGCAGAAUGCUUAAACAUCCUCUUUCACCAUCUGAAACGUGUGUAGCUUUAAUGGUGGCCGCCGUCCAGAGAAACUGUAAAGUGGUCUGACUUUUCAGUUCCAAAUUCUCUCAUCUGUCUGUUCUGUGCCAUUCUUUAAAUAUCUAUAAAAUGUCUUCAUUGUGCACUUGUCUAAAAUUAUGAAAAAGUAUUGCAAACUCUUUUGACAUUUGUUACUGACAUUUUAUCCAAAUAUUUCUUGUUUGAAAACUGGAUGUGCAGUUACUUCUUGUGGGCUUUAGGAGGCAGCACCUGAUUGAAACGCACUGCCCAUUGAAUCUGCUUUUGGCACGAAGAGCUCUGUUAGCUCCUGUUCUUCAUUGACUAUUUUUGUGCACACCUUCUUUCCAAACACAUGUCUGCUGGGUGGCCACUGUUAUGCUGACAGUAAAUAUAUUGUUAUUUUGACAUUUCUCUCUAGAGUUUAAAUUGGGAGUUUCCGAAAAAAAAGUGCCUUACUGCAUUUUAUCUUGUUUUACAUGGAUGUUGAAUCCUGUUUUGGCCUUCAGUAAGCUCUAGUAAUGAAGCAUUAUACCCCCCUUAAGUCUCUAUUGACAUUUACAAGCAUGUUGUCAUUAGCAGGCAGUUUGCGGUGGCCUCUACAGUCAGACUCAAAACAGCACAUCAAAGAUGAACCUGUAUUUUCAACACAUAAAAUCAAUGUUGUCAUUUGUUUGGAUGCUUGGAAGAGAGAAGCACUCUUUUGACUACUACCAUCCGGAUCUCUUCAGUUUUGCGUCUCAAGAGAAUAUAGUUUGACUUCUACACCCAGAGUGGUAACACAAGUGAAGUGUUGUAUUCUUUCAACUGUUUAGUUUGCUGUUUGGAUCUUUUAUAGUUUAUUUUACCCUUAAACGUUUGGAAUAAAAAAAAACUGUUGAAUUGA